CUGAUGGUCUUAGGCUAGGUUGUGGUGAAAUCCAUCUUCUAAGGAUUUGUACUAGACGAAUUUCUCAGAUCUUCUCGUAUUCAUUACCUGGGUUUGUUGUUGCUUCCAAGGAGAGUGAUGGAUGCUCAAGCGAAGAAGAAGGCGAUGUUUCGCUCUAAACUCAACGCUAAGAAGAAAGAUACACGCAUAGAUUCUCCUCUCGUUAGGUACAAUGAAUCAGACCAGCCUGUGUGUCGAGUCUGCAAUGUCGUGUUGAAAUCUGAAUCACUCUGGGAUGUACACCAAGCUUCUCGUAAGCAUCACGAGGCAAUCGAUAAUCUAAAGGCUAGUGCAGCUGGAGUUCAACGGGGUAGCAAACCUGCUGCAACUCAGCCAGCAAAAUCUGAAACAUUUGCUAAACCAUCCAAACCUCAGACAUCAUCUGCUCUUCCGCCAAAUUUCUUCGAAAAUCGUGAGCCUGCUAGAGAAUCUGGAGAAGUAGAAUUGGAAAAUUCCAAGAAUAUACAGCAAUCAAAGCAGUCUACAGGUUCAGAAACAAGCAAGACAAAGGGACCUCUUCCAGCCGGAUUCUUUGAUAAUCAGAUAACCGAUUCUUCAAAUACCAAUACCACCAGUGAACCUCAAGAGAGUCAGACACAGACUACAGGUGGUUCAGAAACGAAACCAGCGGUGAAAGGUGCCCUUCCAUCCGGUUUUUUUGAUAAUAAAGAAGCUGACCUGCUUGCCCGUGGAAUAAAGCUCGUCAAACCAGACAUCAAGGAUGAAUAUAAAGAAUUUGAGAAGUUGAUACAAGAAGAUCUUCAAGUAGUGGAUAGCCGCAUGGAAGAAGAAGAGGUCGAUGCUGCUGAAACUAUAGAAGAGGAGGAACAAAGAGAGCAAAGAUCAUACAACGAGAAAGUGGAGAUUCUGAAGAGGAGGAAAAUGGAACUUAAAGCGGCUAGAUUAGCAAAGCGUAGUAAAACCUCUGAGGGGUCUGUUAAAAAGCCGAAGAAGACCGAGGAAGAAUCCUCCAGCGAUGAGGAGGAUGACGAGGUUUCCGCUGUUGAUUGGAGAGCUCAACAUCUUUGAAAAAAGACAGUGUUUCAAAAUCUUUGUCCUGGUAAAACAUCUUCUGUUAAAAUUCUCAGAGAACACUAUCAAUUCCUGAUCUAGAAUUCUCAAAUCUUGUUAUCUGUAGUUUCAGAGGAUCAAUAGAUAUUUGAGUAUAGUUAUCGGGAUUAUCCUGACACUGUGUCAGUUCCUAGCAGUUUCAGCCUUUCAUGUGGUUAACACUUCACUUUGGUGACAAAAAAAUUCAUUAAUGAUGAGCCAACCAUACAUAA